UGUUUCUGUGGCCAAGAACAAGAACGCCAUAGAAGAAAUCCGUUGCUACAAUUGCUCCAAAAUCGGUCACUACCAAAGUUCCUGCCCUUCACCUCGUCGACCUGCAGGAUCCUGUUUUUUUGUGCCAGCAAAUAGGUCACAGUUAUCACAACUGCCCUAAUCGGGUGAAGAACACUUCUGCUGCUAUCACUGCACAGGACAGGGAAAUUGUAAAUUCAGAACAACAGAUUCAAUAAACUACACCACACCUACCACAAUGCUUCAUCCGCAAUUAUUGAAUGAGCUUUCAUCGUUAUCGUCCGUGUCUAUCCAUACUGGAAGUCAAAACAUGGAUCGCGACAAUGCUUCAUCGUCAAAACAAACUGUAUCAAGCGAUAAACGCAAGCCGGUUUCUGGUACGAAUAAUGCAAUGGUAGACAAUGUACCGUCCACAUCGAUGGUAGCUCGUUCUUCUUUGGAUCACUUUUCGUUUAUGGAAACAACUGCAUCAACUUCGGGUGCUUGUCUACGAAAACUUAAGCCCCUUUCAUCUACUGCUUCAAUGGCAACGCAAACGGAUUUUUCUAGUGGACAGAACGUGGGAUUAGAUGCCAUACUAGAAAAAUUAGAGACCAUGCAGAGGGAGCAACAAAGACAGGCAGACAUAUAUCAGAAGAAAAUGCUGGAUAUGGAGAAGCAGCAGAAAUUAAUACGAGCACAGUUGGAUAUUUUAUCCGACAAAUUGAUUCCACGGCCAGGAUUUGUUGCGGUAUCGUCGGUUUGAAUGGGAAACGGUGGGGACCAGGGUAGAACUAGAUCGACUGGAGGAAAGAUUGGAGGAACCAAAGUUAAAAAAAUUUUAUGGAAUUUUUAGAUAUAAAGCUGCCGACCGACAGUACAGAAGCUAGACUCCAUGUUAGCAUGGACAUUUUAUUCAAAAAGGAUUUUCUAACACAAGCCAACUGGACAGGAUUAGGACCAGAUAAAGUUUGUUUUUCAAAUUAUGUAAGGGUUGUUCAGAUUUUUAAAUUUAUAGAAACAUGUCAUGGAGUUUCACCUACGGACCAAAGAAUCGAAACAUUUUUCCAAAAUAAGUUUAAACAUUCAAAACAAAGACUUAACAUGUUGGGAAAAGUUAAAACUGUACCUCAUAGACGCAAAGUUUAGUUUAAUUUAUGUUUAAGUACUACAGGCGGUCCCCGAGAUACACGG